GUAAAUCAGUUUCGUCCAAGAUUUUGCUUAUUAGCUUGAUGGGAUCUUUUUUUUUGUGACCAACCGUCCACUUUUUGGAAAGGUCCUUUCACCCGACUUGACGCGCUUGUUUGUUGGAUAGUGGCGCGGGACCAUUUGUCACCUACGAGAGGAAUUGCACGUGGGAGUCACGUAAGGCAGAAAGCCGUGCGAUUUAUUUCUGUCGCCGCGAAAGAAAAAAUGAGAAACACAGUACGUUGACAAAUUGGACGAUUGAUUGGUUCCGUAUGAUCUUUGUGUGAAGGGAGGGCCGAGAAGACCAAUGCUGAAGCGAGGAUGAAUAAAGGCCAUUUUACCUUGUUCUCGAUUGGCGGCAGUCGAGCUCUGGAGGACCACGAGAAACAACUGGAUUCAAAUUCCAGUACUACUCCAUCAUCCGUCGUUCCUUUCAGCACUGCUACAACUAGUACUACCAGUGCCGGUCACCUCGAUAAGGCUGAUUCCUCCUUGGCUACCAACAAGCUUGUCGUCGACCGACAGCAUUGUCCUGUCGACAAAGACAACACAGAGGACCUGGUAGGAGGAGAAGCAGAGAGUCAGGAUCAGCAGACAACAGCCACUCAUCAGUCUUUCUCGGAGGAUUCCUCCUCCUUCUCGGCACUUUCUCCCACAGACCCACUCGUCCCUUGUCACUCUCCACCACAAACGUCAUCGCCGCUACUACAACAAGUAGUGACUACUACCAUGAAACUCUUUGGCAACAACAACAAAGACGGCGGCGACAAGCCCAAUCAACCGUUGGCUUCCAAGGACCAAGUGGCGAUCGAUGAUGACGACAUCAGCAAAGAAGACAAUCAGAGCACUCAAGACUACGAAGAAGAAGAAGAUGACAGUGUUGCAUUGAAUGGAUACUCGGCUGCUUCUCGUUUUGACGAAACAGCAUCGUUGAGAGGAUCGUACAUGGCUCCUCCACGGCCUCGCGCCGAUUUUGCCGCUUUGGAACAUGACACAGAUUUAGAAGCCACUCAGAAAUUGCAACACGACGACGACGAUGAUGGCAGCAUUGAAGUCGGUUAUGCGGACGGCGAUGUACAAGACACGGUACAAAAGAAUCUGGCUGCCAUUCAACUCGAAGAAGAACGCCAACAAGUCAAACGCCACUACCGACGUCUCUUGUUACUCUCCAAUCUACUCUUUGUACUCGGAUCGGCCAUCUACAUGACCAUGGCCGUCGAUGAUCUGAGAUGGGCGCGGGAAGCCAGGUCCAUUCCAGUCCAUGUCCUUACGGCAGACGAUGAUCAAGUGUGGAUGGAAUUCCGGGGCCAAACUACGGACGCUCCCGUAAUGGCUACGACCCAGGCGCCACAAUCGACAAUUGUUACCAUUACCACCACCACGUUUACCACCGACAAUGCGACCACACCCACUACUACUACUACCAACACGGGCCGCCAUGCGGGUGGCCGUCAUCGAAAAUUGUCCACCUACGAUGACUAUGCCUGGUCCGAAUUGUCGCCCGAGCUUCAGGCGGCCGCCAACGAAUUGGGAUACGAUGAAUACAGUUGGGACAAUGGGAUUGCCUCCCAUACGGAAGAAUUGUUCUGGAGUGACUUGACGGAAGAACAGCAAGAAGCUGCCGCGUUGAUGGGGUAUACACAAGAACUCUGGGAUGGUACCUCCUCGGGCACGGAUGAUGCCGUUCCUAAAACAGAUGAUGGUACUGCUGCUACCGAUGAUGGUGCAGCAACCACAGAUGAUGCAGCAACAACAGAUGAUGGCACUGCUGCUACCGAUGAUGGUACAGCAGCUACCGAUGAUGCAGCAACAACAAAUAAUAACGAUCCAGUGGCGGCACAAGAAGAACCCAUUCUGCCUUACGAUGAUGUGCUGUGGGCAGAUUUGGACCAAAUUGUCGUCUUGUCGGCACAACUUUUGGGUUACGACGAAUAUCGAUGGGACAAUGAUCUGCCGCCGGCCUUGAUUGUGGAUACCAACCCCGGUUGGGAUGAUUUGACUAGUCAACAAAAGGAAGCGGCACAGACGCUGGGGUACGAUGCUGAUACAUGGUGGUUCAUUCGACGCAAUUAUGACGAGUUUACGGUAGAUGUCAGUAGUGAGACUGUGGGAAAUGGUGCUGGAGCAAACAAUAAUGGUGACAAUGGCAAUAGUAGCAACAAUGGUGGGUCGGAGAAUGGUCAAGGUAGCGGUGUUGCCCUCGCUCAAAGCACUCUUCCUCCAGGUAUUUCAGUCCAGUGGGAACUCUUCAGUUGGGAUGAGCUUCCAGAGAAUGUGCAAGAGGCCUAUCGUCUGUUGGGUUGGAACCAGAAUCUAUGGGACAACAGUGGAUCGGUGGAUACUGAUGACCUUUGGUGGAGACAGCUUACGCCAGAUCAGCAACAGGCAGCCCUCUUCCUAGGUUACACAGAAGCCAUGUGGGAUGCAGCAAGCACCAGCGCGCCCCAAGGCAGCGGAAACGAAGGAGCACAAUCAGAAGCAGCAGCACCAGGUCAAUCACCGCCAGCAUCUUCAUCGUCUUCUCAACAGGUCUCCAUUGUCUGGGAGGAGUUGGAUUGGGACGACCUCCCUUUGGACAUUCAAGAAGCAUACAUGGGCUUGGGCUACAACAAAACAAUAUGGAAUUCCGAAGGCAGCGUUCCAGCGGAGGACAUGUCGUGGGAUGAGCUUACGCUGGCGCAACGUGCCGCCGCCAUUUCCAUUGGUUAUACACAAUCUGCCUGGGACGGAACUGAGGUAGCUACCACGAGCGGUGUUGACAGUGGCACAGAUCCCACAACUGCCGGAAAUCCAACCCCUGGAGUUUCAACUGUUGGUGGUGAUUCGGAUGGCGCCAAGGAUGGGGAAACUAUCCAACCAACUAGCGUAGCACAGCAAACGGAAUCUGAACCCCCAGAUCAGGAAUGGUACGACUAUUGGUGGUCUGAGUUGCCGCCAGAUGUUCAGGACGCUUAUGCAGCACUCGGAUACACUCAGCAUGCAUGGGACAACGGUAAGGUUGUUGCAACGGAGGACAUGCCAUGGCAAGAAUUGUCGUCGGAACAACAAAUGGCUGCAGAAUCUCUGGGAUACACACAGGAAACGUGGGACAAAGUUAGCCACCAUGCUCCCAUCUCUACGAGCAGCGAAUAUGUCAGCGAGGACGAUGACUACAUCUUCUUCGUCCCUUCCCGGCAGGUUUGGGUGUCGAGAUAUAUGAUCUUGUACUUCUCGGCCGCACUGUGCUUUGUUAUCGUGGGUGCGGUCGAUUUAUGGCGAGAACGAAAGCUGUUCCACGUGUGUUUUAUCGUUGGAGGUCUAUUCGGCUUGGUGAGCGCAAUGCUGAUCGAACGAAACCGAACUGCCAGCAACAUCACGAACUUGAUCAGCGUCCACUUGUACCUCCUCGAAGGGCUGAGCAUUAUCAAAGAACGCUUGGAAUCCAGACGGCAACACUAUGAAUUGGAAGACGAAGAUGAGGAUGAGAUCAGCGUUCCUGAUACAUCCUUUCUAUCAGGCCUGUGGUGGAUACCGACAAUCCAACUCUCUGCUGACUUCUUCUUUGUGGUUGGGGCCUUCAUGGACGCCAUACUGAGUUACUUUUAUUUCAAGGAAUCAUCGGAUUGGAACCUGGCUUUGGCACGGGUGUUUGGCUUUUCCACGCUCUUGUGGGUUGCUUGUUCCAUCCUGUAUCUGCUUAUCACAUUGGUGCUGUUUUAUGGGGUCUUCCCAUGUUGUUUGGGUCAACUCAGACACCCCAGAGAGGUUGCCUUGGUCGAACGGGCAUGUAGCCGAAUGACAUAUGUUGGACCACUGCCAACUUUCACGGCACGGUCAUCAUCAGACAGCUUGGAUAGAUAAAAGCAACCACCGCCAGAUGGCUAGACUGAUGUCGUCAUUGAUGUACUAGUAAAACGAUUAUUUUUGUGCGAGCU